AUGUCUACCUGUCAAGCUGAUAAUGACUACGAUGGUCGCAUGGGCGUCCGCAUUUCAGCCAUUUUCGUCAUCGGUGUUUCUUCACUGUUCGCAACGUGGUUCCCCGUCUUCGCUGCUAGGCACAGAGGCGUCGGCGUCCCUGAAUGGGCCUUUUUCAUCGCCAAAUACUUCGGCUCUGGAGUUAUUAUAGCGACCGCCUUUAUUCAUCUACUCGCACCUGCCCAUGAAGCAUUGGACGAUGAGUGUCUCACUGGACCCAUCAAGGACUACAGUUGGGUCGAGGGUAUUGUCUUGAUGACAAUAUUCGUGUUGUUCUUUGUCGAGCUUAUGACAAUGCGAUAUGCCAAGUUUGGCCACAGCCACAGUCACGGACACGAUGACGAGCUUGAGAACCACGAUGACUUGGGUAUCAAGCCUGACCCUUUUACUGAUGGCAAGAAGCCCGAGACUGUCGACGAGUCCGAGCCUGCGUUCGAGUUGCCUCCUCGUGUCAGCACGAGUACUGCCAACUGCCCCACGACUCCCCAUGCCCGUGGUGACGACCACCUUGGCCAUGCUCGCUCUCACAUCGACAACGAGAUGACUGCUGGAUGGACCGAAGUGCAAAAGCAGGCUGCCGGUGUCUUCGGCGAGGAUUACGCCGCUCAGAUGACCGCUCUCUUCAUCCUCGAGUUCGGUGUCAUCUUCCACUCUAUUUUCAUCGGUUUGACACUGGCCGUCUCCGGCGAUGAGUUUACUACCCUCUACGUCGUGUUGGUCUUCCAUCAGUCAUUCGAAGGUCUCGGUCUGGGUACCCGUCUCGCAGCUGUCCAGUGGCCCAAAUCCAAGCGCUGGUCGCCUUAUCUCCUCGGCGCCGGCUACGCCAUUAGCACUCCCAUUGCCAUUGCCAUUGGUCUCGGUGUUCGUCAAUCCUUCGCCCCCGGAAGCCAGACCACCCUCAUCGCCAAUGGUGUCUUCGACAGCAUCAGUGCAGGCAUCCUGAUCUACACCGGUCUCGUCGAGCUCAUGGCUCACGAGUUCAUGUUCUCCACAUACAUGCAGCGUGCCAACAUUAAGACUGUUCUCACCGCUUUCUUUGUCAUGUGCCUUGGUGCUGGUUUGAUGGCUCUUCUGGGCAAAUGGGCUUAG